AUGGAGAUUCCACCAUUACAAACCUUCUCCUCAAUUCCAAAUCCUGGUCACAAGAAUUUCAACCAAAUCAAAAGGAGAAAAAAGAAGGGGCUUACUCUGAACUUGAAGCUUUCCUUGAAGAGACAUAAACUAAGAGGAUAUCAAGGAGAGGGAGGAUUGGAGUUGUGGUUGGGCUUCGAGCUAGCCGCAGUGAGCUUCGCCGUGGUGGCCUUGGGAGUAUUCUGCGUGGUUAUGCAAUGGAGGGCAUGGCUGUCUUCUGAUGUUGCGGUUGUGGUACUAGUACCGAGAUUGGAGGAAGAAGAUGUACGACAAUGCAAGACUGGGCUGGAGAAGGAGCGAGACUUGAGACGGAGAGUGGUCGGGUUGCUUCCGGACGAUGUGGUCGCCGGAGGACGGUGGUUGGAGUUAUGGGAUGGCAGGUAG